AUGGCGAUCCUCUACGGCGAUGAAGGCGUGGAACUGAUCUGGGUGACUUGGAUCUGGUUCAUCGUAGCGACGAUUCUGUUUGCGAUAAGGAGUUUCAAUGCGUCGAGAGCGAGAGAUGGGGUGCCGUCGUUGAUUGGGGUUAGGUGGGAUUUUUUGUUGAUUGCGGUCGCGUUUGCAUUAGCGGUAAUCGCCCAAGCGCUAGUCACAGUGAGCUACAACUACUCCACCGACGAAACGGUAUCGGAUCCGUUGAAGCAGUUGAGUCGGGUGCUGUACUACAGCAUAGUGGCACAAAUGUGCGCCACCUUCUCCAUGGCCUUUGGCCGCUUCAGCGUAAUCGCCUUCCUCGCCGCCCUUCAAGGGACCGUCUCCCCCAAAGCCCGCAAUAUGCUCUUCGUCCUCGGUGGUCUUCAAUUCAUCGUCUCCACAGCGCAGGUCUUCAUCACAAUGCUGCAAUGCGAUCCUCCACGGAAGCUCUGGGAUAUUGCUACGCCUGGGACGUGUCCGCUGGACGAUAUCGAGAUACAGUACAGUUACUUUUCUGGAUCUUUUGGGGCUUUCGCGGAUUUUGCCCUUGCGAUAUAUCCGGCAGUGCUUAUUAUCGGGCCACUUCAGCAGAUGAAGCUUAGUCUCAAGAUCGGCAUAUGUUUUAUCAUGGCGGGAGGGGCUGUUGCGGGUGCUGCUGGGAUCUGUAUGGUGGUGUACGUUGAGGGUGUGUCGUAUACUGGCGGAUACGGGACGCUGCUCACUUGGGUCAUGACGCAGACCUGGUUCAUCGUCAUCUUUGGAUCCUUACCAGCUAUACGACCCGUCUUUGUUACCAUAGGAGAGUCCUAUCGAAACCUGACUGCCAGACUGAGGAGCAGAAGUGACAAAAGGACGGCCGGCUCGAGCUGGGUGGAAAUGCAGAACUCGCGCGGACACGGGUUUAACCGAAAGCGAGGUGAGUGGACUGCAAGUCAGACAGCGCUCUCCUCGGCGCCGCAACGGCCAGGGACCGCAAGGACUGCCCGGUCGGGAAGCGAUACAUUGGUGGACGAGGACGACAUGUCGAGACUGGUGCCAUGA